AUGCCGCAUUUAGACGACAGCCAGUCUCAAUACCCAAAGACUGAGCAGCCGUACAAUCCUGCGUACAACCCUGCCAUCCCUCAGUCCUACAGCCAUGGCCUCGAUGGCAACGAGGCCCAGCCAGCAAGCAGAUAUUCCAAAUUCGACCCCCGAGGAUGGAGACGGCGCACCCAAAUCAUCGCUGGAGUGGUGCUGGUGGUUGUGAUCAUUGCUGUCAUUGUGGGCGCAUACGAAGGCUGGAAGGCGAACCGAUACCCGAGCUACUCGGCGCUCAACUACUCACUAAAAGAUACUUUUGAAGGGGAGAACUUUUUUGACAACUUUUAUUAUUGGUCGACGGCUGACCCGACUGCUGGAUUUGUCGUUUAUAUAGCAGAGUCCAACGCCAGGUGGUCAAACUUGACCUAUGCGACCAGUGAAUCGGCCUUCCUCCAAGUCGACACCAAGUAUCCUAACACGGUAGGGGGGCGCAACUCUGUCCGGAUCCAGUCGAACAACACGUACAACGACGGCUUGUUCAUCUUUGACAUUCUGCACACGCCGUUCGGCUGUGGCACAUGGCCAGCAUUGUGGCUAUCUGACUCGAGCAACUGGCCGAUGAACGGAGAGAUUGAUGUUGUUGAAGCGGUGAACAACGGAACGUGGGGAAACAGCAUGACGUUGCAUACGACCGACGACUGCAGUAUGAAAGUGAAGCGCAAGGAAACCGGCAGUGUCACUUCAUCCAAUUGCUAUAAUGGCACCAACUCGAAUGAGGGAUGCGGUGUUCAGGGCUCUACCGCGUCAUACGGGCCGGAGUUCAACAAGAACGGCGGAGGGGUUUAUGCUACUGAGCUUCGAGAUGCUGGAAUCCGCAUCUGGUGGUUCGCGCGCGACUCUAUCCCAUCCGACAUCACCAGCGGCAGCCCAGACCCUUCCACCUGGGGUGAGGCCACAGCCGACUUUCCCAGCACCGACUGCAGCAUCUCAUCACAUUUCAAAAACCAAAGUAUCAUUGCCAACAUCGACUUGUGCGGGGCGCUCGCUGGAUCCACUGCUCGUUAUACCGACCAGGCAUCGUGCCCCAGCAACUGCACCGACUACGUUGCGCAAAACCCAAGCGCGUUCCAAGAUGCCUAUUGGGAGUUUAAGAGUUUCAAGGUUUACCAAACCUCUUGA